AUGUAUUUACCAACCCCGACUCUGGACCCGACGACGGCAUCCUUUCCUGCCGCGAAACUGUCCCAAAUCUCUUCUGAGCUCCUCUUCAACGCCAUAUCCUUUAUUGGAGGGGGGUCGCAGCUGCAACGAUGGAGUUCUCUAAUCGGAAUCAUCACGGCCGUAGUCGGCAACAUCCUCAUAUCCUUCGCUCUUAACAUUCAAAAAUACGCCCACCUAAGGCUACACGAUGAGCGGGCUCGCCGGAAAGAGAAGAUGAAGACCAUAUCAAAGACCGGUGGAGGAUAUGGGGCUACGGGCGUAAGUGGGCAGCAGACUGUGAAAGUGGACGGAAUAAAUGGUGAGGCGGACAGCCUCUUGUCGUCGUCCUUCAACUCUCAGUCAAGCGGAUUCUCCCACGAAGACCAAUCAAACUAUCUCAAGUCGCCAUACUGGUGGGGAGGAAUCGUGCUGAUGACGGUGGGAGAGGCGGGAAAUUUCCUGGCUUACGGCUUUGCGCCGGCUUCCAUUGUGUCCCCGCUGGGCGUGGUGGCUCUGAUAUCGAACUGCGUUAUAGCUCCUAUCAUGUUGAAGGAAAGGUUUCGAAUGCGGGACUUUUGGGGUGUUUUGGUUGCGGUAGGAGGAGCAAUCACGGUAGUCUUGAGUGCCAAGACAGAGGAGCAGAAAUUCGGGCCUCAUGAGAUAUGGGGUGCCAUUACAACGACGGCGUUCAAGAUAUAUAUGGGUGUCACUGUAACGCUCAUAGUAGUGCUGAUGUUUGCGAGCCCCAAGUACGGGAACAGAACUAUAUUGAUCGACUUGGGGCUUGUAGGGCUUUUUGGAGGCUACACAGCCCUCUCAACCAAAGGCGUUGCUUCAAUGCUUUCGUCAACUCUAUGGGGAGCUUUGACAACUCCAGUCACUUAUGCCUUGGUGGCUGUACUCAUUGCGACCGCCGUGAUGCAGGUGAGAUACGUCAACAAAUCACUUCAACGGUUUGACUCGACACAGGUCAUUCCUAUACAGUUCGUUAUGUUCACUCUUUCCGUAAUAAUCGGAAGUGCGAUUCUGUAUCGCGAUUUUGAGAAAGCUACUGCCGACAACUUCUCCAAGUUUAUUGGUGGAUGUAUAAUGACAUUCUUUAGUGUCUGGCUCAUCACAAGUGGACGGCAAACACAGGAUGAAGAUGACGAGGAAGAAGAGGGCUCCGAGUCAGAUGGAGAGGAGCGCAUUAGUCUCACUGGACAAGAAGAAGCAGAAGAUGAUUUAUCAUCCCGGGAUGAGUCCCAGAGACGAGCGAAUGUAUUCCAGAACUACGAUGGUGUGGUCGAAGGCCAUGGCUCUGCAUCGCGGCAAGACUCACAUGUCAGUUUUGCCGAGCCUCUAGAAAGACCACGAAGUCCUCCCAUGUGCUCCAAUUCCUCGUACAAGCCAUCGCUGCGAAUCAUGCCUUUCUUUCAAGGCAGUAGCCAGGAGAGCCCUCUUUUCAGCAGUCCCUGGAAAACGUCCCCAGACGAUCUUCCGCAACCUUUACUACAACACCAUCCAGGACUGCAAAGCACAAUAUCCUCGCCAGUUCUUCCAUCAGAAGCGCACAAUGCUCCUCAGACAUCGCAUCUUUUGGCCAGAACAAUAUCACAAGGAAAUGUGCACACUCAUCCCAACGAUCAGCAGUCCCCGGCACCCCCGCAGCCAGAUCUUCCGAUGAUUCCUGCCAGACAUUCUAUGUCUAGAAUGUUACCCGGUCCUCUACUGUCGCCGAUCUCUGGUGGUCUCAGUGUUGUUGCCCGCAGUGGCGGCUUCAGGCGGUCCAAAUCGGCGCUUCGGAGGACAAAGUCAGGAUCCCAACGGCUGACUAACACAAGCGAAGAGGAUGACUUCCAGUUAGGAACGUCACCUGUUAAGAAUGACGACCAGUAUGAGUACGCCAGCAAGCCACAAGAAAGCGCCGGCGGUCGAGUCACAAGAGCAAGAAGCCUGAGCAAUACGCUCGGAGAUAUGAUUAGAGGCAAACGGCAAAAAAUAGACAGGCCGGAAUUGGCCGAAGAUAACGAAGCUGGCCCCAGUGGCUCAUGA